CUCAGCAGCCGGAGUAGUCCCGGCUGGCUGCGGGCCUGAGCGCUGCCUGCCGGGAAAGGGGCGGGUUGAGCGUGCGGGCUUUGGGGUUGGUCGGGUCCCGGAGGUGGGGUCGAGUCUGCAGUGGCAACAGGGUGCGGCCGGGUUGGGGGCCGGGUGCAGGCCUGGCUUCCUGGAAGGCGGUGCGCGACUGGCCCCUGCUGGGUUCCCGACUCGUCUGCGCACCCUCUUUGAGACCCCCAGCAGGCAGCGUCUGGGAAGCUCCUACCUGAGCCAUGUUUUUCACCUGUGGUCCAAAUGAAGCCAUGGUUGUCUCUGGUUUCUGCCGGAGCCCUCCAGUCAUGGUGGCCGGAGGUCGGGUCUUUGUCCUGCCCUGCAUCCAGAAAAUCCAGAGGAUCUCUCUCAACACACUGACCCUCAAUGUCAAGAGUGAAAAGGUUUACACUCGCCACGGGGUCCCCAUCUCAGUCACUGGUAUUGCCCAGGUGAAAAUCCAGGGACAAAAUAAAGAGAUGCUGGCAGCCGCCUGCCAGAUGUUCCUGGGGAAGACAGAAGCUGAGAUUGCCCACAUUGCACUGGAGACUCUGGAGGGUCACCAGAGAGCUAUCAUGGCUCACAUGACUGUGGAGGAAAUCUAUAAGGACAGGCAAAAAUUCUCAGAGCAAGUUUUCAAAGUAGCUUCCUCAGACCUGGUCAACAUGGGCAUCAGUGUGGUUAGCUACACCCUGAAAGACAUUCACGAUGAUCAGGACUAUUUGCAUUCAUUGGGGAAAGCUCGAACAGCUCAGGUCCAAAAAGAUGCUCGGAUUGGAGAAGCGGAGGCCAAGAGAGAUGCUGGGAUCCGGGAGGCCAAAGCCAAACAAGAAAAAGUGUCUGCACAAUACCUUAGUGAGAUCGAGAUGGCCAAAGCUCAGAGGGACUACGAGCUAAAGAAGGCUGCGUAUGACAUCGAGGUCAACACCCGCAGAGCACAGGCUGACCUGGCUUAUCAGCUUCAGGUGGCCAAGACUAAGCAGCAGAUAGAGGAGCAGCGAGUACAGGUGCAGGUGGUGGAGCGGGCCCAACAGGUGGCAGUGCAGGAGCAGGAGAUUGCCCGCCGAGAAAAGGAGCUGGAGGCCCGAGUUAGGAAACCAGCAGAAGCCGAACGCUACAAACUGGAACGCCUAGCUGAGGCAGAGAAAUCCCAGCUGAUCAUGCAGGCAGAGGCAGAAGCUGAGGCUGUGCGGAUGCGAGGUGAAGCUGAGGCCUUUGCCAUAGGAGCCCGGGCCCGAGCUGAGGCCGAACAGAUGGCCAAGAAGGCAGAGGCAUUCCAGAUGUACCAGGAGGCGGCUCAGCUGGACAUGCUGCUAGAGAAACUCCCCCAGGUGGCAGAGGAGAUCAGUGGUCCCUUGACCUCAGCCAACAAGAUCACACUAGUGUCCAGUGGAAGUGGAACUGUGGGGGCGUCCAAAGUAACUGGGGAAGUACUGGAUAUCCUGAGCCGCCUGCCAGAGAGUGUGGAGAGACUCACAGGCAUCAGUAUCUCCCAGGUAAACCACAAACCUUUGCGAACAGCCUGAUCAUUCAACCUUCGGCAUACCCAAUCAUGAAGCUGCCUGGAUGGUCCUGGUAUUGCAUGCACUUCAAUGGCCUCCCUGAGCAUGUCCUUUGACAGUCCUUUGAAGGGAGUUCAUCCCUUCUCUCUCCUUGCCAAAUAGCCUGUGCCUUCCUUGGAAGAGGGUUGGUCCCCUUCCCAACCCCACUACCAAGACUGCCAGUCCCUCUAAGAAUCCUAUGCCAGUUUUCUGUUUAUCCCACCCCAUCCUCAACUUAUUUAACUUCUCAGACUGGUAAUAUGGGGAUUUAACUGAGGUAAAACACAUGUCUUGUAUGUUUGAAGCCCUGGGUUUGACCUCCAGCACCCAAAAUUUAGUUGAAUAGAUUUGUCCAAGCCUGAUCUCUAGAAUUCUUUUCUGAGCAAAAGAGGGGUGGCCUGGAGGUUUUCAACUUUGUUGAAUGGCUAUUAAUAAACAUUAAUAAUUGGCAGGG